AUGAUGAAUGUGAAUUCGAUUCUAUCAGCGCCUUUUGCGCCACUGCUCUAUCUACGCCCUCGGUUUCGUCAAGACCAGGACUGGUCAUAUCGACAAGCACUGGCAAACACUUUCAUGAAAGUUUUUCUACGCAUUUUCGUGGCAUUUCGGACAAAACCACCACUUUCUCUCAAGCCAGGUCUAGAUGGAGACCGCUUCGUUGUAAUCGAGCCUGGAGCACCAGAGUUCUACACCAGCAUCACAGUAGACGACGAGAUCCAGCCAGUCGCUGUAGGAGGCACCUGGUUCCCAUCACUCUACCAAUACAACACAACAACCACCCAAGACAAGCACGUCGUGCUCCACUUCCACGGCGGCUCUUACAUCCUUGGCGACGGCCGCACAUCGUCUUGCAAGUUCCUAGCCAACAGUCUGCUACAGCACACACCAAUAAGCCAUGUCUUCAGCCUACAGUACCGUCUAGCCUGCAACCCCAACGGUCGUUUCCCCGCCCAACUCCAAGACGCCAUCUCCGCCUACUCAUAUCUACUCCACACGCUACACAUCCCGGCAUCUCGCAUCGUUUUCAGUGGAGACAGCGCAGGUGGCCACCUCUCCCUCGCACUCCUGCGUUACAUCACCGACUAUGAUGACGAGACCCUCCUCCCCCCGCCCACAUGCUCGUGGCUUUUCUCGCCCUGGUGCGAUAUCCCCGGUUCUCGCAACAAGCAUCUCUGGGAUAAUAUUCCCAAUGUACGGACAGACUAUAUCCCACCCUCAUUCCCCGCGUGGGGCGCGAAGCAUUUGAUCGGUAAACUACAGAUCACUAGCGAGUUCGAGCCGUAUCUUGCGCCGAUUUGGCAUCCCUUUGUUCUGCCUUCGCCUGUUUUGAUUGUUUCCGGGGGCAGAGAGGUUAUGUGUCAGGAACAUGAUCGGUUGUCGAGGCACUUAAGUAAAAUGCAGCAGAAUGAAGGCCGAGUGGAGUAUUUUGUGCAGGAUCACUUGCCGCAUGAUAUACUCAUGGUUGCUUGGAUUCUGAACUUUCGAAAAGAGGCUGAUCAGUGCGCUGUUAAAGCUGGGGUGUUCUUGACGAGGAUGCAGGCUCAGUCGGAGGAGGAUGGUACUGAUGUCCCUUCUGUGGCAUUUGAGUCACGAUGA